ACAAAAAAAUUUCUGCUCACAGGCUCCACUUCGCACAUCUCUCGUGACUCAAAUCUCUUUCUCUCUCUUUCUCUCUCUCUUCUGCAACACGACAAUGUGCAGAACCUGCUCCUUUAGCUCUAUUAUAUAUGCUACCACUCCAACCUAUACAUACAUGUUCAGUUGUUGAGUCUGUAUCUAUCUAUCUAUCUAUCUAGACAGACAGCAACUCUAUAGUCUAUAUCCUACCUUUCCGACAUUCAGACAUCCAAACGGUGUACACUUCAGAUUCCAUGUUUUCUUGAAGAGAAUUGCCCUGAGAGAAGAUGAAAUGCUUUCACUUCACGAAUGGGGAGAGGAAGGAGGAAGACGAGGACGGCGUCGUUUCAAGCUCCCGGUCUUCCAAGGUGUCGUGGGCGCGGUCCCUCAGUGUGGCUUCCAGCAGCGUCGACUCGACUCGGCGCUCCGAGUUUGACUCGGACUCCAGGGACUUCACCGACUCGCUCUGCUUCUACCAGCUCCUGGCCCAGCGCCGGGCCAACGAUCUGCGAGUUUUCACCUUCGCCGAUCUCAAAUCCGCCACCCGAGGGUUCAGCCGCGCCCUGGUGAUCGGAGAAGGCGGCUUUGGCUGCGUUUAUAGAGGCGUUGUUAGCGUCCCCGCCCCGGAUUUCAAUUCCAAUGUGGAUGUCGCUAUUAAACAGCUCAAUCGCAAUGGUUUCCAGGGGCACAAGGAGUGGAUUAAUGAAGUCAACUUUCUGGGUGUAGUUAAGCACCCAAAUCUCGUGAAGUUGAUUGGGUAUUGUGCAGAAGACGAUGAGAGGGGGAUCCAACGACUUCUAGUCUACGAGCUCAUGCAUAAUAAAAGCCUAGAGGACCAUCUGUUUUCUAGAUCGCCUAAUGUUCUGUCGUGGAGUUUGAGAUUAAGGAUUGCUCAAGAUGCAGCUCGUGGAUUGGCUUAUCUGCACGAAGAAAUGGAUUUUCAGUUGAUAUUUCGAGAUUUUAAAUCAUCCAACAUUCUUCUGGAUGAAGACUUCAACGCAAAACUCUCAGACUUCGGGUUGGCUAGACAGGGACCAGCUCAAGGACUGGGUCAUGUCUCGACAACAGUUGUAGGAACUGUUGGUUAUGCUGCUCCUGAAUAUGUUCACACUGGCAGACUCACUGCUAAGAGUGAUGUUUGGAGCUUCGGGGUGGUUCUGUACGAGCUUAUCACAGGUAGGCGGGUGCUGGAGCGAAAUCUGCCCCGAGGUGAGCAGAAGCUGUUGGAGUGGGUGAGACCGUACGUGUCGGAUUCAAAGAAAUUCCACGUUAUUCUCGACCCUCGACUAGAGGGACAGAAGUGCACCAAGUCUGCACUCAGACUCGCAUCGCUAGCCAACAAAUGCCUCAUGAAGCAGCCGAAAUCUCGCCCCAAAAUGAGCGAGGUCGUGGAGAGGCUCGGCAACAUCAUCACCGAGACAACUGGAGAUGAAGCUGCUGUGCCCGAUUCUACUGUCAAAGCAGCAGAGGGAGAAGCUGCUAAAGAUGCAGAAGAAGAUGAUGAAUGCGAAGAAGCUGAACCCGAGGUACAGGAAAGCAGUAACCAAAAGAAGGGGUUUGAUUUCAGAGAAAUCAUCAACUUGAGGAACAAAUCGAUUGGCAAGCUGGAUUGGAGAAAUUGGACACCCGGUUUGGUGAGAACCCGGUGAUAGUCUCCUCUCCGGGUAGCCAUCUUCUUCUUUCACUGUCAUGUUUAGUGCCAUUAUAACAUAAGUAGGUCUGUGUGGCUGUUUCUAUGCAAUCCAUUCACCCAUUGUCAUUUUGUGGAAGGAAUGGGUGAAACAGCAAAGCCUCUUUCUGUGUAAAACCUUUUAGAAAAUACAUGAGGCAACCUUAUUAUCUUCAAACAAAA